UUUAUACAUCAAGUCAUUCAUUUACCGGCAGAAACGAAAGCUAUUAAUUUUAGAAAAUUUCCAGUUAUUUACACAAUAUUAUCUCUAAAAUGGCAUCUAUUCGUUCCUUACUGUUUGAGGGUGUCCGUGUCAGCGCUAUCAUGGCAGUCGGGGACGUUAUUUGCCAAAAAGUUGUGGAAAAACGAGAGCUUCGCGACGUAGAUCUAAAACGUGUGUUGAAAUUUUCUUCCGUGGGUUUAUUAUAUAUCGGCCCAGCAUUGAAAUUUUGGUAUGGAAGUCUUGAUAAAAUCGUUCCGAAAAAUGGCUCGACAUUUAAACGCGGAUUGAAGAAAAUGGCUUUAGAUCAAAUAUGUUUUGCACCUGUAUUUCUAGCCGGUGUGAUAAGUGUAUUUGGUUUGGUAAAUGGUGAUGAACCAGCAGUAAUAAAAGAACGAUUGAGAAAGGAUUAUAAAACGGUUCUGACUGGAAAUUAUAUGCUUUGGCCGCCUGCACAAAUUAUCAAUUUCACCUUCAUUCCAAUUAACUAUCAAGUAGUGUUUGCGCAGUUCGUAGCACUGUUUUGGAAUAUCUAUUUAUCCUUAAAGUUGAAUGAUGAUAAUAAGUAAUUAUUUGUUGUAAAAUCGCAACCUCUUACAAGAUAAGCCACAUAAGAGCAUAGCAUCGGAUGUUAAGAGAUAUUUAUGAGUCUGCCCAUAAGAACAUGCAUUUAUCGUAAGAUGCGACCAAAUCGCGUUAAUCCUAAUCACCGUAAAAAAUGUAAAAUAUAAAGAAAAAUGUAAAAAAUACUCAUAAUACUAUAAUUCUAAAGAAUGUACAUAUAUGAUACGAAUGAAAUACCAUAAAUGUCGCAAUACUUAUAAACAAAAGAAAUAAAUAUAUUUUGAUGUCA